AUGGCUUCCAACCUCAUUCUCUCUCUACUCUCUAAGGAGUUUCUCACUGGUGAAAACUUCAUGAAGUCGAAGUCCAACAUCAACAUUGUGUUGAUCGGCAAUAACACUAAGUUCGUCAUGAUUAAGAAUAAACCUAACAUUCCCGAUGAAAAUGCAACCAAGUCUGUUCGGGAGAGGUACGAGCGUUGGCAUAUUGCAAACAACAAAGUCAAAGCGUACAUGCUUGCGAGCAUGUCGGACACACUGAGGACUAAGUUGGAGAAUGUGGACACUCAUUUUGACAUCAUGGGCCAGCUUCAAGACAUGUUCGAGCAUAAAUCUGAUGAAGCCUGUUUCAAAGCCACCAAGAAGUAUGUGAAUGUUAAGCUGGCAUCAUAG